AUGGCAAGUGAUAGAAAACCCGCCAUAAAAGACUUCCUGCACAUGAAUGGUGGCAAUGGGGAAUUCAGUUAUGCCAUCAAUUCCUCCAAUCAAGAAUCAUUGAUAAGGAAAGUGCAUCCCAUACUAAAGGAGAUAAUCAAAGGAAUAGCUAACGAUCCUGAUGGUUUUCCACCAUGUUUUCAUAUAGCCGAUUUGGGCUGUUCUUCAGGACCAAACACACUGUUUUUCGUAUCUAACAUUAUGGAGGAAGUCCAUGAGGUGUGUAAAGAAAAGAAGCUUAAACCCCCACAAUUUCAAGUGUUCUUAAAUGACCUGUUUGGAAAUGACUUCAACACCCUCUUCGGAUCACUGCCAACGUUCUAUGCAAAGCGUAACAAGGAUAACGAAGAAAAUUUUGGGCGCUGUUUCAUUUCAGCCGUGCCAGGUUCUUUUUAUGGAAGGCUAUUUCCGGAUCAGAGCAUCCACUUUUUUCAUUCCUCUGGCUGCCUUCACUGGCUUUCUCAGGUACCUAAAGACAUUGAGAAUAAUGGGCUGAAUGUCUUCAUGGCAAAAACAAGUCCUCCAAAUGUGUUUGAGAUGUAUAAGAUGCAAUUUCAAAACGAUUUUACUGCAUUUUUAGAAUCACGUUCUAAAGAGAUUAUUCGUGGAGGGCAUAUGCUUCUCACAUUUGGAGGCCGAUCCAAUGUUGAUCCAUAUUGUAAUAAUAGUCAUGUCAAUUUAUGGGAGUUGUUCACCAGAUCUCUUGCUGACAUGGUUAAGGAGGGGAUAGUUACAGAAUCUCAAAUAGCCGCAUUCAAUGUUCCAACGUAUAAUCCUUAUAAGGAUGAAGUUAGGGAUCUGGUUCACAUUCAAGGAUCAUUUUCUCUCGACACCUUGGACACGUUUGAAGUCAAUUGGUAUACGGAUGACACCGAUGAUGAUCAUGGAAACGUCAAAGCUCGUAAUCAGCAAAGCCUUGGAAAAAGGGCUGCAAAGAUGAUAAGGGCUGGAUCUGAACCGAUGCUGAUAACUUAUUUUGGAAGUUCUGCAAUGGACUUGAUAUUUCAGAAGUUUGAAAAGUAUAUGGAUGAACAUCUGGCUAAUACUGAGGAAACAAAGCCCUUGCUCAUUGUCAUUUCUUUGACCAAAAAGUAA